ACGGCGUCGUUUCCACCAUUGUCCAAGUAGUGAAAGUACAAAGCGGGAGGAGAGGACGCUACAAAAGGUGAGCACAAAAGGCCGGGCGUGAACUCAAUCGGUCAAAUUCAAUUAAAUCCUUCCCCUCAGUUCCGAUUUGCCCCUCUCACUUGUCACCACCAACCAACUCAGACGCAGAGUUACAGACCGUGAAGCGGGUAACCGACGCCGUUUGACUUUGUCUAAUGCUCUGAGAGAUGACCAUAGCUGACCAAAAGUCGUCGUCCGACGGAAAAGUCUGGGGCUUCUUCAAGCGGCCGUUUCGGCCGUCCGGGAACACCACCGUUACGACGUCGUCCACAUCGUCGUCGCACAACGCUCCUCAACAUGGCAACGGUCCUCAAGGCGACGGAUCAAAUCCAUCAGCUACGAAUUCGGUGUCGUCCGUCGCCAGGUCGCUGCUCCCCACUCGCCGUAGACUCAAGCUCGAUCCCCACAAUAAACUCUAUUUUCCUUGUGAACCUGGAAAGCAGGUUAGGAGCGCCAUUAGAAUUAAAAACACAAGCAAGUCAUAUGUAGCUUUCAAGUUUCAAACAACUGCACCAAAAAGUUGUUUCAUGCGUCCUCCAGGAGCUAUUCUUAGUCCUGGCGAAAGCAUUAUAGCAACUGUAUUCAAGUUUGUGGAGGUUCCGGAGAACAAUGAAAAAUUGGUGGAUCAAAAGAGCAGGGUUAAAUUUAAAAUCAUGAGCCUGAAGGUGAAAGGAGCAAUGGACUAUGUACCCGAGCUGUUUGAUGAGCUGAAGGACCAAGUGGCAAUAGAGCAGAUCCUACGGGUUGUCUUUUUAGAUCCAGAGCGUUCUACCCCGGCUAUGGAAAAACUGAAGCGUCAAUUGGCCGAUGCUGAUGCUGCGCUUGAGGAACGCAAGAAACCUCCAGAAGAUGCUGGUCCGAAGAUUAUUGGAGAAGGGCUCGUGAUAGAUGAAUGGAAGGAGAGGAGGGAAAGAUAUCUUGCUAGGCAGCAAGUGGAAGGGGUGGACUCGGCAUGACCUGGUGCUUCAUUUGUUUUAUGUUGUAUUCAAAAAAAUGACGAGGAGAGUCCAAUAUACUUUGAUGUAAAAAAAGAAAACAAUUUGAAGUGGAGAGUCUCUUGUAAUGUGGGAGUACUCUGAACUUAGCUAGUAGUCACAUCUCUCUGUAGAUAAUGCGAUUUUGUGUUGAUUUCGUCUCUUUCGAGAAUAAAUCUGGUGUUUCGAAUGA